AUGAUAUUUACGGUGGAUCAAACUGUAGAAGCGGGAAAUCGAGAAAAUGAGGUUAAAUUGAAAAUGCCUGACAACAACCAUAAAUGUAAUUCGCAAAAACCAAAAAGGAUUUUGGCGAAAACUCAUAUGUAUUUUAAGGAGUACUGUGAUAGUACCACUAUCCAUGGAUUCAAGUAUUUCGCUGAAUCUAGAUCUUUAUGUGAAAGGUUAUUAUGGUUAAUAUUAGUAUUAUUUUCCUUAUCAGCUUGUGUAUACCUUAUAGUCCAAACCUACGUCAAAUUUCAGCAAAGUCCAGUCAUUGUUAGUUUUGCUACAACAAAUACUCCGAUAUAUACUAUUCCAUUUCCAGCAGUUACAAUAUGUCCUCUGUCAAAAGCGAGAAGUAGUCUAUUUAAUUUCACUGACGUGAUGGCUAAAAACCAAAGAAGAAAGAAAAUGUCUGAUAAAGAGAAACGUUACGCAAAAUACAUGUCUCUAUUAUGUGGGGCAGGACAUAUUUAUUUCAAGGACGAGUCUACAUUCACGGAAGACUUCUUUAGCGGUAUUGAUGAGUUGAAAAUACCUCAGAGAGAUUUUAUGUUCAUUUGCAUUUUUUUGGAUUCACAAGAAAGCUGUCAGAAGUUGUUUCAUCCAAUAAUAGCGGACCAAGGAAUUUGUUAUACAUUCAAUAUGCUGGAUAGAAAGUACAUAUAUAAUGAAAAUGUGGUACUUGACAAAAAAUAUCAUUUUUUAAAUCAAAGUACUUUAGGAUGGACGGUUGAUAAAGGAUAUCAAACUGAUAGAAAAGGCCGUGAUUCAAAUUAUCCCUAUAGGGCUCUUUUGUCAGGUGCUGAAAAUGCCCUGAAAAUAACGCUUCGUCAAAAUGUUUCAAAUAUUGACCACUAUUGUGUUAAUGACGUACAAGGAUUUAAUGUUCUAAUACAUCCACCCCAUACAUUACCGAGGUUAAAGAAACAGUUUUUUACAGUUGGGUUUAAACAGUCUGUAAUGGUAUCUGUGCGUCCUAACGAAAUGACUACAUCGGACCAAGUUCUACAGUUUGAUUCAAGUAUUCGAAAAUGUUACUUUUCUACAGAGAAGAAACUUAAAUAUUUUAAAGUAUAUACACCCGGGAACUGUGAAUUGGAAUGUCUCACUGAGUAUACAUUAAAACGUUGUGGAUGUGUCAGUUACUAUAUGCCCAGAGAAGAAGGAACAUUACUUUGUGGAAAUGCUAAUGACUCAUGUAUGAGAGAAGCUGAAUAUUCCUUAAAAAGAAAACAAUCACUAGAAGUCGAAAAAGAAGAAGAGAACGGCCACUAUUCUUGCGAUUGUAAACCACUUUGUAGCGACGUUACAUAUACCACGGAAAUUUCUGGUUCUUAUUGGGAUUUCGAAGAUCAGAUCCAAGCAUGGUUUUCGGUUUUUAAAGUCCCUCGCAAUAAAUGGUUGCAAUACUCAAAACUGACAAUAUUUUUCGAACAAGAUUCAUUUUUGACAUCAGAAAGGAAUGAACUAUACAGUCCUAUAGAUUUUUUAGCAAAUUUUGGUGGAUUAUUGGGACUUUUUACUGGAUUUUCUCUUCUGUCUGCUGCGGAAAUAAUAUACUUUUUAACCCUUAGAAUGUGCUGUAAUUUUAGAUUAUAUAGGUCUUUGUUUGGCCAGGAAACAGAUAAUAUUGCAUAA